CGAGGUGGCGUCCGCGGAGGGAUCUCUCUCUGUCUCCGCCUCCCAAGAUGGCGCAGCAGGUGAACAUCGCGGAGCUCUCCCUGCCGCAACUGGAAGUGUUGAAAAGUCAGAUGGAUCAGGAAGUUGAAUUCCUUUCUUCAUCCAUUGCACAACUUAAGGUGGUACAAACAAAAUAUGUGGAAGCAAAGGACUGUCUGAAUGUAUUAAAUAAGAACAACGAAGGUAAAGAGCUACUGGUUCCACUCUCCAGCUCUGUAUCCUUUUUACGAAAUAAUAAUAUCCUGGAACAGCUUCAACUUUUUAACUUUUUCUUCCUCAUAA